GCGCGGCCUAGCGGCGAAGCGGGGCUGGGCCGGGCGAUGUGGGCAGCGCUGGGCAGGCUCGGGGCGGCGCCAGCCCCGCUCCUCCGGCUCCUUCCUCACGCCCUGCCCGUUGGGGUUUCCCCCUGCUGGGUCUCCUUCCGGCCCGGAGCAGGAUCCGAGGCCCGUGGGUGCUGGUUCUGCGUUAGCCCCGGGCUGGGGCCUGCUGGCGCCUCACGGGCCGAGCUGUGGGCCACAGGAGUCUUCACCAUAGCCCACGUUACCAUGGCCACCCAGGUCUUCAAGGAGCAAGGGGAGCGAAUCAAGUGUGUUAAGGGAGACCUUUUCUCGUGCCCCCAGACGGACGCCUUGGCUCAUUGCAUCAGUGAGGACUGUCGCAUGGGCGCAGGCAUAGCUGUUCUCUUUAAGAAAAAGUUUGGGGGCGUCCAGGAGCUGUUGGAUCAACAAAAGAAAACUGGAGAGGUGGCAGUUCUCCAAAGAGAUGACCGGUAUAUUUACUACCUGAUUACAAAGAAGAAAGUUUCUCAUAAGCCCACUUAUGAGGAUAUGCGGAAGAGUUUAGAAGCCAUGAAAACACACUGCCUAAACAACGGAGUUACGGACAUUUCCAUGCCCAAGAUCGGGUGUGGACUUGACCGCUUGGAUUGGGAUAAAGUUUCAGCAAUACUUGGGGAAGUGUUUGAAGACACAGAUAUAAAGAUUACGGUUUACUCUCUGUGAGCAAAAGAGUUCAAAGAUGGCCUCGUUUCCCUUGCUUUCAGGAAUGGCAACUUCUUAACUUGAUGAGGGGGGGAAACUGCAUGCUGAGCACAUUCUUCUGAGCAUAGCUCACUCCUGUGUUGGCAGUGGCAGUGGCUUAAUAGGAAAACAAAAAGAACAAAAGUCCCAGAGCAGCUAACUUAGGAUGCUGUGUUUAGGGAGCCUGUGUUGAAACCUCAGGGAGUUCCUGGUCUGUCCCAGGAAGCCACCAGAUGUCACUGGUCCUCCACAGAGCACCUGGCUGCGCCCCGGAGCUUCUGUUGAAAGCAGCCAGUUCCUGUGCAGAGUGAAAUCGGAGCUGCCUGCCGCUGCUUAGGUAUUAGUUGAUUUGUUCUGGUUCAUAACGAUGAGCUGUGGAGCCCUGCCAUUUCUGUUUCUUUAAAGUUUUGCUGUGUUCACAUAUAGUAUAAUUAUACGAGAUUAAAAAUUAAUUUUUUAUCUUUUGGAAGCAAGUAUUUUUGUUAUGAGAUCGUACCAAGGAGAAUCGUGCUGUCAACAUGAAGCAAAUGUUUCUUCAGUGCUCUGCUGUCAGAUCAGAGCACAGUCCUUGCAAAGAACUUACCUAUGUAUACGUUUUGGCUGUACGCAACAGGAGGAAAACGGUUUUGAAAGGGGAUCCUGGAGACUUGUAAUGAUACCUAGUAGGUGUAUUUUGUGUGAUACGAUUGAUAUGGCACGAAGAACAUUUUUUUUUGUCUUCACAUAUGAAUGACAGGAUGUAAAAAAAAAAAAAUCGUAUGGAAGGCAAGGUUUGUUUUUUGCCUUUUUUUUUUUUUACUGCUUUUGUAGUUGAGCUGUUGUGUGCAGUUUGGUGUUUGUUGUCACCAAAUAAACACAAAUCAGUGUAUUAAACCACUGCUGUACACUGGAGUUUGGAAAAUUAGGUUCCAGUGCUGAAGAACUCUCGGCAUUUCCCUUGUUUGUUUUUUUCCCCACUGUCCCAUAAUACCAAAUCUUUUGACUUCUGUCAUGCUGAAUGCUUGUGAAAAUGCCAAAUAUGUUGAAUAAACCUAAUAGAUAAGACAGUCAA